CGUUUUUCAUUUGGUCGCAUAUGACCGUCGACCGCACCAUUUACUUCACUUGUUCAUUUUGCUAUGGGUCACCAUCUCCAAUGUAGACGCUGGCAACCUCAACCUGCCAAAUCAACCCGUGACCAUGACUGAAAAGCCAGCAUCAGGUGUCAUCUCUCGCCCGGACCCAGAACCAAGGAGCGGCCAACUCAACACCCCCCGCAACCCCCAAAACGUCUUUGCCUUCUUGAUUGCACUGCGGCUCGUCAACUCUUUGACGAUUCAGACAUUCUUUCAGCCUGAUGAGUAUUUCCAGGCCCUUGAACCAGCAUGGCAGCUUGCAUUUGGAAAUGAUGCUGGAGCUUGGAUAACUUGGGAGUGGAAAGAGCACUUGCGAUCGGCUCUGCACCCAGCCGUAUUUGCCCUGGCAUAUCGAGCCACCGAUGGGCUGGCAAAUUUACUGAAGUUGAACCACAUCCUUCGCGCAGAUGCCCUGCUGGCCGCUCCCAAAGCUUUACAGGCCUUGCUUGCCGCGAUAGGGGAUUUGUACACCUGGAAGCUUGCGCAGGAUAUAUACGGGACAACCUCAACGGCCUCACAGGCGGCGCUGAUCUUGGCCGUCAUCAGCCCCUGGCAGUGGUUCGUCUCGACUCGAACAUUUUCCAACUCGUUGGAAACCACUCUGACCAUCAUCGCCUUGUACAACUGGCCCUGGCACUGGGGCAUUCCUACCACCACUCAGGCUUCUGGGCCAAAGACUAACUCGCGAAGUCUUCGCGCCCGCCAGGAUCCAGACACAUCUCUUCAAUCUACAGAUCAAGUGACGCGACUUCGCCGAGCAUUGUUGUGCGCUGCUGUUGCUACAGUUCUGCGGCCGACAAACAUCCUCAUAUGGAUCAUUCUGACAGCUUCAACAGUUUGGCGACUGUCUCCCUUUUCCAUCACGUUGGUUCAUUCUGAACGGAUUGCUUUCAUCUGUGAGACGAUCCUAUGUGGAGGCAUUGUGCUCGCAUUGUCCGCCAUCACUGAUCGCUUGUUCUACAAUGACUGGGUAUUUCCUCCGUACAAUUUCCUCAAAGUCAACGUUUUCGAAUCAAUAGCCGGGUUUUAUGGCAACAAUGAUUGGCAUUAUUACCUCACGCAAGGAUAUCCGUUGCUGUUGACCACAAGUCUCCCUUUCGCGGCAUGGGGAAUUUGGCUUUCGUUAUCAGGAGCUUUUCCGGUAGGGGCCAUGCCGGCAACAGCACGCAAGACGUUAUGGCAACUAUCUAUUGUCAGUCUCCUGGUACCAUUUAUGUUUUCCAACAUAUCUCACAAGGAAGUCCGUUUCAUAUACCCACUUCUCCCAGCUCUGCAUAUAAUAUGUGCGCACCCUUUGUCCACCUUUUAUGGCCCGCUCUUGGUAGGGUCUGCUACGCCAAAUGCACGCCCAAAACCUCGAAGACUCAUUCCCCUCCUCACUUCUCUGCUGGUCAAUCUCAUCCUCGCCUUUUACAUGACCCAAAUCCAUAAUUCUGGUAUCGUUGCCCUACCUAAUUACCUUCGUCAGGAGUUCGAGUCGUUCUACACCACUCAAAAUCAACCACAGAACCUCACUUUUGGUCUUCUGAUGCCAUGCCACAGCACGCCUUGGCGAUCGCACCUACAAAACCCUGCCACAGAAUCGACUGCAGGAGUACUUGGCUGGGCAUUGACAUGUGAGCCACCAUUAGGUCUCACAGUAGAAGAGAAGAGAACAUAUCUCGACGAGGCGGACGUUUUCUACCAGGAUCCAAACUUGUGGUUAAAGAUCAAUAUGGAGAGGGAGGCGCCCCAGGCAGCUGACAGGCGUGGAACGAGCCCACGCAACGUCCAUGGCCAAGGGGGCAAGCCUACGCGAAAAGAGCGUGAAGACAUUGGUGUCCACGCUCCCGACACCCGAGAAGGGCGGACUUUCAAUUUCGACCCCGCGAGACAUGCGUCGAGCCUCGACUGGGACGCUAUCAAGCAGUCCCCGUGGUGGGACCUGGCACUGCCGGAACAAAGCCAAGCUCCAGGUGGCCUACGCCCCCGUCGUCCAUGGCCUCAUUACCUCGCCUUCUUCGGGCAUCUAGAAUCGACGAUGCAGUCAGCGCUAAGAGGCAGCGAUUACGUCGAGUGCAAACGGUUCUUCAAUAGUCAUGCACAUGAUGAUUGGAGAAGGACGGGCGACGUGGUCGUUUGGUGUUUGAGGUAGAGUGCAACAUGGUCGUCUCGACGAGGCAAAAGAUAUCAGGCCAAUGGUAUGAGUUCUCAGUUGAAUGCCAUCUCAUGAUUGCCGGACACAUUCCAGAGCCCCACCACCAGAGUCAAAUUGACGCUCAGAUUGAGGUUCGACGUGGCACACUUUAGAAACAAUGCUAUUGGUGCAACUGAUGGAGAUGCCAGUGACUCGAAGGGGUAGGUAGACACGGUAGAGUCUACAUACCUAGUACAUUCUCGUACAUAGAACGGAUGUCUACAGCCGACUGGGGAGUGUGGGAGUUCAUCGUGUCCCUGUCAUCUCUGGGGUAUUAGUCCUUUUUGGGGCCCCUCGGCCACCCUUGG